AUGUGUUUUCUGGUCUCGGCAGGUCUACAGACAGAUGCUUUCUGGCCUGCAGGUUUGCUGAGACCCGAGGUCAACAGCACUUCUAACCACAGCACCCUGAACCAUAAGAAGCUGGAGAAGAUACAGUGUCCGAUCACCACCCUGUACCUGCCGGUCGUCUACCUGCUGGCCUUCAUCGUGGGUCUGCCUUCCAACCUGCUGGCUCUCUGGGUCCUGGUGUUCAGAACCAAACCGCAGCCGUCCAAUACACUGCUUAUCAACCUGACUGUUGCUGACUGCCUUCUGCUGAUGGUUUUACCAUUUCGUAUCAUGUACCACUUUAGAGGAAACCACUGGGACCUGGGCCAGUCUUUCUGUCGCAUCGUCAUGGCAAUGUUUUACGGUAACAUGUACGGAUCCAUUUUGUGUCUGGCACUUGUGGCUGUGGAUAGAUACAUUGCUUUGGUUCACCCUUUCAGUGCCAAGAUGCUGCGUAGCCAGCGGAUGUCUCUGUGCAUGUCUGCGGUGGUGUGGGUGGUAGUGCUGGCUGCCAUGCUGCCACUGCUGGUGUCACAGCAGACCUACAAGCUGGACCAAGCAAACAUCACCAUCUGCCACGACGUGCUGCCCGGGGAGGUGCAGGAGAGCUUUCUCCUGCCAUACUUUGCCACUUUAUUCACGUCCUGCUUCCUGCUGCCCUUUGUGGUGAUCCUGUUCUGCCACGGCGCUGUUCUGCGCACCCUGUUGGCUGAGGGGAAGCGCUACGGCCAUGCCAUCAGGGUCACAGUCCUGGUCCUGCUGGUCUUCAUUGUGUGUCUGCUGCCCAGCAACAUCCUCCUCCUUCUCACCUACAUCGAGAGCACAGAGGGUUUGUACAUCCCCUACAUGGUUAGCUUAGGGGUUAGCGCCUUUAGCAGCUGCAUCGACCCCUUCAUCUUCUACUAUGUGUCAGCAGAGUUCAGGGACAAGGCCAGGAGUGCUCUGUGUUGUUGCUGUAACUCCGGACACCACCUGUCCUCUCAUUCGGCACCUGAUGUCUGA